AUGAUUUUCUCGGUUACAGCUAUCAGCAUUGGAGCCCUUCUCUCCGCCGUUCCCGUAUCUGCUGCCGCAUACUCGCAGAUCAAAGUAUACGACAGCACCAACUUCUUCGACGGGUUCAACUUCACCAGCGAUCCCGAUCCCUCCGGCGGCUUUGUCGACUAUGUAGACUCCGAAACUGCGACCAGCUCUGGCAUGGCCAAGAUUAGCAAUGGCGCAGUCUACCUUGGUGCCAACUUUGCAGAUAAGAGUCCAAAUGGCCGCCCUUCGACCAGAGUGAGGUCCAAGGAUGUCUUCACCACCGGCCUUUUCGUUGCCGAUAUUGCCCACAUGCCGGCUGGCACUGGAAACGGUGCCUCCUGUGGUAUCUGGCCUGCCUACUGGACCUCUGGUCCUGACUGGCCCAACUCUGGCGAGAUCGAUAUCAUCGAGGGUGUCAAUAAUCAGAAAGCCAAUACUGUCACCUUGCAUACGGCAAAGGGCUGCAACAUGGAUGUCUCCGGGUCUGAGUCUACAGCACCCCAGACUUCUGCUGACUGUGAGAAUUCCGACUCUGGUUGUUCUCAAGCCACCACAUCGAGCAACAACUACGGCGCUGCCUUCAACGCCAACGGAGGUGGUGUCUAUGUCACGGAAUGGGCAAGCCUUUCCCUCAGUGUGUGGUUCUUCCCCCGCGGCAGCGCUGGGGCUAACGCGGUGAUCAAUGCCGGUGCUGCGGAUCUGGAUGUUGCGAACUUCGGCGCUCCCUUAGCGCAAUUCAGAGCAAAUACCUGUAACAUUGCCCAAAGAUUCAAGAGUAACUACAUUAUCUUCAACACAAAUUUCUGUGGAGGAUGGGCUUCAAGGGAAUUCUUGAAGGAUGAGACCUGCGCCAGCCUGGCCGACACCUGCAAUGAUUGGGUAGCAAAUAACCCAGCUGCCUUCAACGAGGCUUACUGGCUAGUGAAUUCGGUCAAGGUCUAUGCCCGAAACAACUAA